UCUGUUGCUUCAUCAAUUCAUUGGCUCUAACUCUCCUCCUUGAUUCUCAUAUUUCAUCAUCUAAAAGUUUAAGUAUGGAGAUCACUAAAAUCAUAAUUGCUGUGUUAUUGUUUAUGUCAUGUUUGAGUGUGCAGGCCAAUGCAUAUUAUUACAGGCAAUGUAGCACCAAAGGAACUCGAUGCUAUGGAAAAUAUAUUAGAUGUCCGAAUGAGUGUCCCAGCAGUGAAUCAACAGAUCCUAAAGCUAAGGUUUGUCAUAUUGAUUGCGACAAACCCAUAUGCAGAGCAGUAUGCAGAAGUCGCAAACCAAACUGCAAUGCACCAGGAUCGGGUUGCUACGAUCCCCGUUUCAUUGGUGGGGAUGGAAGAGUGUUCUACUUCCACGGAAAGAGCAACGAACACUUCUCCUUAGUCUCAGACUCCUCCCUUCAAAUCAAUGCUCGCUUCAUUGGACACAGGCCAGCAGGUAGAGCCAGAGACUACACAUGGAUUCAAGCCCUUGGAAUCCUCUUCAACUCCAAAAGCUUAUCACUUGAAGCACCCAAAAAAUCCCAAUGGAAUGAAGAUGUUGACCAUCUCAAAUUCACAUACAACGGAGACCAUCUGGUUCUUCCCGAGGGCCCUCUCUCCUCUUGGCACUCUCCAGAAAAAGAUGUGAAAGUGGAGAGAGUAGCUGCCAGGAACAGUGUGAUAGUGACCCUUGAGGAUGUUGCUGAGAUAUUGGUGAAUGUGGUGCCAGUGACCAAAGAAGAUGAUGCAGUUCACAACUACCAAGUGCCUGAGGAUGAUUGCUUUGCUCACUUGGAAAUUCAAUUCAGGUUCUUUGGGUUGUCUCCUAAGGUGGAUGGUGUGCUUGGGAGGACUUAUAGGGAAGAUUUUGAGAACCCUGCAAAGGUUGGUGUGGCCAUGCCUGUUGUUGGAGGAGAGGACAAAUACAGGACUACCUCCUUGCUUUCUCCAAACUGUGCUUCUUGUGUCUUCUCUCCAUUUACUUCCCAUCACACUGAACCCACUCAAGUCGCUCCAGAGUUCAUGGCCACCCUUGAUUGCUCCAAGUUUUCCUAUGGCUUGGGAAUCGUUUGCAAGAAAUGA